AUGCGCAGCAAGUGUAUUCAUGACAAAGCACCCCCGUGCAAGUCAUGUAUAGAGGCGAAUGUGCCUGAAGAAUGCGUCUUUCCUAAUCGCGGAGACUCGGACCAAGAUCGGCAGUUUCGACAUCCGCGUCUGAGAGCCGAUAGGAAGGCCAGAAGUGAUGCCAAAGUUAAGAAUGAGCUGCCUGCUUCACCGGGCCUCCCACGCAAUGCUCUUGCAGACUAUAAGCCCCCUAAGCCUGAUAAUGAGUGGGAACUUCUUCCAGGGGUCGAUACCGUCGUAGACGGCAUCAAUACCUUUACCAGGAACUAUUUCCAACUGGGUUUCAUUCCAAAGAAGAUGUUUCCUAAACUUGUCAAGGAAAACCCUUCAUCUGUCAACGUAUUCUUACUACUAAGUAUUCUCGCUAUUUCUGCUAGGUUUAAUAAGACCAUAAUAGAGACCUACGGUGAUGGACUCACAGCGGUAACCGAAUUUAUGCACAAAGCACAGUGCUUGGCCAUUCACGAACUCUACAAGCAGCCCACCCUCGAAAGAUGUCAGGCUUUCUAUGUGCUAAGCAUCGCCGAGCAAGGAAGCGGGAAAUCAAAUACAAGCUAUAUCAGUGCAGGUAUCGCCUUCAGGAUGGCUGCCUUGAUGCGACUCCAUCGAGAGGAGGCGUAUAGCCCCAUCACAGAACAAUCGCCUCUAGAGCACCGGGUUCGGGCAGAGUCCGCCAGACGCACAUUCCUAGGCCAAGACAACCUUCAUUCCGGUCCAUACAAGCCAUUAUCCCUCGCACCCGGCGACAUUACGGCUCUUCUUCCUAGCGACGAAGCAGAAUUCGAUACCGGUAAGAUCCCCGAGCGGCGCGCAGCUCUUGACGGCACACCGCCCGCCCUCCAAGACCCAAGCCUUACCACACUUCAGCCGAGGUCCCUAUUUGCAUCCUUGAUGCAGGUCCACAACUUAUGGGGAAUCAUCGCUCGACGACUUCUUUUUAACAGAAAAUGUGGGCGUCCCAACGAUUGUUCCAGUGAAUACACCAAGUUGAAUCGAAAACUUCUGGAUUUUGAGCAGAAUCUUCCGAAUGAACACACCUUUCACAAGGUUACACUGAGCGGCUACAGGAACUACGCAGAAGACCUAGCUAUGAUUCGUCAUGCUCAAGGAAACCCUUCUCAUUCCGAUGUUAAGUUCUACAAGAGCAUGGCGCAAGAACUAUUCUUCAAUGUCAGAAAACUGUACUCGCAAAUCGAAGCUCAUUACGAAGCCGGGGUUGAAGUAGGGAGAGUUGGUUCCCAAAUGGCUGGCUUUAUUAUCUACGGUUGUGGAUUGCUAGCAUCUUAUCUGUGCAAAUUCCCCCAACUGGAUGUUCAUCACGCAGGACAAAGUAUCAAUACUAUACAAACGGAAGGCCGCAAUAUGUAUACCCAUAUCGUAGCUAUCCUAAGGGAGUGCCAGAAAGCAUGGCCUCUUGCCGAGACUUGGUGCAACGGCUUGGAGAAAUGGUACCAGGAUCCAAAUCCCAAGAGGAUAUCAUUCCAAGCUGGCACCAUGACCGAUGGGAAAGAACCCCAGCCCUAUGCCCUUACUGUUAUGCACCCCCGAACAACCACGAGCUACGUUCAGUCUGAAGCCGUGCAGCUCGGCCGGAUACGCUCUACACCACCAACACCGUACGCAGACGAACGAGAGCAGCUUGCAGUAAGGGAAGAUCCAGAGCCCCAGCGACUCGCGCCGUUACAGCAGACACAGCCUGGCUUCGCUCAGACCGUUUAUCUCCCGCCCUUAUCACAGACGCCAUAUCACCAACAAUCAGCGUCACCACAACCGCAUCACCCGCCUCAGCAGCAGACCUAUCCACAGCAGGUCUAUCCAAAUUCCGGGCUCGACAUGCUAGCCGAAGCAUCCCACCAUAUGCCUAUGCCAACACCUACGACAAUGGACCCGUAUCAACAUCAGCCCGCUGCUUAUUACUCCGAAUACCCACCCGCCGCUGUUCUUAAUGAUGGCUUCGACAGUAAUUUACAGAUGCUUGUCGAUGGUGCUGGUGGACAAUGGCCCCCGGUAGAUCCUGCGGGCCUGGUGUAUAGCACCUACGAUAUUCCUAGUUAUCUUCCCCAGCCUUAA